UAUAUUUAAAUUAUCUUAUCAAUAAAUUCAAGUGUGGGCCCCACCAUUUUAUCCCUUCUUAUUUUUAUUUUAGAUUCAAACUCAUCGCAUGCCUAUAUGCUCUCUGAAUGAUUGGUGCAGUGAGUUCAAAUUUAUUCAAGGAAUUGUUGAGGAGAUCUCAAAUUCUAAAUUGAAUUGCACACCAUUAUUUGUUGCUCGAUACCCGGUUGGAGUAAAUUAUCGUGUAAAGACCAUACUUUCAGAUAUUGAGUCGAAUGAUAUUCACAUGAUCGGGAUUUAUGGCCCUGGUGGAAUAGGUAAGACAACAAUUGUAAAAGCUAUUUUUAAUAGAAUUUGUGAUCGUUUUGAAGGAUUUAGUUAUCUAGAGAAUGUUAAAGAAAAGUCAGGGACAAAUGCUAGUGUAAUUGAACUACAAGAGACACUUCUUUUUGAGAUCUUAGGGGAUAAAAAUUUGAAGGUGGGAAACAAAUUUCGAGGAAUCAAUGUGAUAAAGGAAAGACUUUCUUGUAAGAGGAUUCUUUUAGUUAUCGAUGAUGUGGAUAAAUGGGUUCAGGUAGAAAAUUUGCUUGGAGGAUGUGAUUGGCUUGCCUUUGGAAGUAGAAUCAUUAUCACAACAAGAGACAAACACUUGCUAGCUACUCUUGGAAAAGGUUGUUCAACCUAUGAGGUAAAGGAAUUAGAUAAUGACGAAGCUCUUGAACUCUUUAGUAUGCAUGCUUGCCAUGGAAACAAACCUAAAGAAGAUUGUUUGGAACUUGCAUACCAAGCUAUUCAUUACGCGAAAGGCCUUCCAUUAGCUCUAGAAAUAAUGGGUGCUGAAUUGUAUGGAAGAACUACGCAAGAAUGGAAAAGUGCAUUAUCUAAGUAUGAAAGGAUUCCUAACAAUGAUAUUCAUAAAAUACUCCAAAUAAGUUAUGAAGGAUUGGAUGAAAAUGAAAAGGAUAUUUUCCUUGAUAUUGCAUGUUUCUUCAAGGGACUUGACAAGAAUUAUGUUGUAGAUAUACUAAAUGCUUGCAAUUUAUACCCACUUUUUGGUAUUCAGAAACUUGUUGAUAAGUCACUCAUUACUUUAAGUGAAUAUAAUGCACUGUCUAUGCAUGACUUGAUACAACAAAUGGGUAGGGAAAUUGUUCGACAAGAAUCCCCGCAAAUGCUUGGAAGACGUAGUAGGCUAUGGUGUUAUGAGGAUGUUCUUGAAGUAGUAAUUGAAAAUAUGGGGUCAGAAAAAAUUCGAGGCAUAAUGUUACGCUCGCCAGGACCAACAAAGAUGAAAUUAGAAGCUAAAUGUCUUCAACGGAUGAAAAAUCUCAAAUUCCUUAUAGUUGAUAAUGUACAUUUUUGUGGAGACCUUGAAUAUCUUCCCAAUGGAUUACGGUUGAUUGAUUGGCCCAGAUUUCCUUUCUCUUCCCUGCCAUCCACUUUUUGUCCCCACAGACUCAUUGCAUUCAAUGUGCCACAAAGUCACAUUAUAUUGGACAAGCUUCUAGAGCUGAGAAGCUUGGCAUCUAUGAAUGUCAGUCACUGUCAUUACAUUAGAAAAUUGCCUGACUUAUCGAUCACCACCCCAAACAUAAAGAAAUUGGAUCUUCGUGAAUGUAGAAAUUUAGUCGAAGUUCAUGAGUCGGUUUGACGUCUUGAUAAGCUUGAAAAGUGGGACCUCACAGAUUGUAGUGAACUUCAAAUUCUGCCAAGCUCCCUCAUGAUGAAAUCUCUAAAAUAUUUUCGCCUUUUUGGUUGCAUAAGGCUUGAGAAGUUUCCCAAUAUUCCGCAAGAAAUGGAUGGUUUAAAGGUUUUAGAUUUGUUUGACACUGCUAUUAGAGAGUUGCCACCAUCAUUUGGGAAUCUCAUUGGGCUCGAGCAAUUAUACCUAAGUUCCAAUUUUUGCUCCAUUCAUCUUCCAAGUAGCAUCUAUAAAUUGCAGCAUCUUCACCUACUCUAUCUUUUUGGUGGCGUCGAAUUUCCAAAGGACGUGGAGAUAAGUAGACAAGCACUGAGCUAUGGUGGAUUUUCCAAUUAUGGGUUUCGGAGCUUGAAUUUCCUAUUUCUUUGUUGUUCUAAAAAUUGUGAAGAAAUAGAUUUCAUUUUGACUUCUUGUUGCCCACCCUCGCUGAAACGUUUAUCCAUAUGGAGCAAAGAUAUUAGCCUCCCAGAAAGCAUUAAUAGAUUCAAUUCGUUACAUUGGCUUGAAAUUAGGGAUUGUAUGUUUGUUGAGGAAAUUCCAAAGCUUCCAGAAAGUGUAAGAGAAGUAGAUGCAUCAAACUGCUUCUCGUUAGAUUCACAUUCAAUACAAAAAUUAUUGCUUCAGUUUAGAAGAAUGUUAAGGCUUCCAAAAAUUAUGACAUGUUUAGGUGUGAAAGGUGACAUAUUACUGGAUUCACAAUCAUCUACUAGGCUCUCCCCCACUGAGUUUUCUAUCAUUCAAACUGACUUCUAUGACCCUAUAAAUGUGUCACAAAAUUAUGUUGAAGAUGACCCUAGAUGCGAAUUUCAGAUUAUAUUACCAGGAAAUGAGAUUCCAAAGAAGUUCAACCAUCAGAGUGUCAAUGGUUCCAUAUCAUUCAGGAUUGGUCCAGAAUUUCCAACAUUUGCCCUGUGUCUAGCUUUUUGUCUAGAUGGGAUGAGGCAGACAGAUACAUACAGUUAUAUUUGUGUUGUCGACAUUUUCAUCAAUGGUCAUAAGCGAUUGCUCAGGCAAAGACUCUUUGAUAAUUUGGAGUGUGGUCAUCUGUGGUUUUAUGGUGUACCUCAUAGCCAAUUGCAGCAGGAAUUUCGAGACUUGCUUCAAGGUGAUCAGAAUCUUGUUGAAGUUUCAUGUAAAAUCUCUAAUUGGACUAGUAAAACUGGCGGAGAAAAUGCUCCGAUCAUUGCAAGGAUGGGCAUCCAUGUGGAAUGCAUUUGUCAUCCUCAGAAUUCCAUUAUCAUCAGUGAAAACUAUGAACUGGUCCAACCACAAAACCAUCAAAUUUCAAAGAGGAUUGUGCACCAACGACUCAGACCGUUUCUUAACCGAGGUCCCAGCUUUAUCCUACGCAGACUGUACCAUACCCAGUGCCCAAUCCAGAGUACUUCUCGUCGACAACUACUAAAAGCAAGAAAAUUCCAUAACAGCAACAGCAGCAAGAGGCUCUUAGUAGCCAAGAGCUGCAUAUGUUUGUAUGGAGCUCAAGAGCAUGGCUUGUGCUCAAAAGAGUUGGGCUCUACAUAUUCGGAGGGAUUAACUUCAGUGCGGUCCAGCAAUUCGGACAGUCGGAUUAUAGAUAUGCCAAUUGGUGAACCAGAAAUACCAAAAAUAAGUCACUCUACCCAAAAUAGAACAAGAUCAAAGAAAAUGAGGAGAUCUUGAUAAAUUAAAAAAAAAAAUGAAGAAAUAUGCCUAGGUUUAUGCGUGAGGGGUAUUAAUACAAUUGCAAAUGACAUGCAGAGUUCAUUCUCUUUUAAUGUGUGGAGUGUGGAUUGUCAUUAUGAUGGAAGAGGGGUACUGAGGUGAGUUUCAUCAGGGGAAGGUGAGGUGGAGAGAGGUUGGUUGAACAAGACUGCUAGAUUGGAGAGGUUUCAGGAAAUUUGGAGGAAGUGAAGCCUGGUUUGGGUCCUGUCGAGCUCUUGGAAUGGGAAUAAAAAGAAGGUUCUUAUUUGACCAAAGAAAAUAUGAACAAGGGCAUAUGUGAUUCUUUGGAGCCAAAGCAUGAAAGGGAGUUCAAUUUUUGGCUCUCUCUGUAUACGAGGGUCAUGGAAACAAUGCGAUGUUGUUCAAUAUAUUAUUUGAGGUAAAACAUUGUUAAAGUACCUGGUGAGCAAUAUAAAUCGAAGGCUUAUUCAUUACAGGGGUUCAAGAAUAGGCAGUUCUAUAGUGAAAAUUUUUUUCUUAAUUUUUGAGAUUUAGGGUCUGAAGAAAGAAUGCAGCUGUAAGGUGAUUUUGAAAGGUGUACCUCGAUAUUUUCUUGCUCCUAGAUAUGCCAAGCUUGACUAAGUAGAUAGAAUAAAUGCUAACAAGAGAAUUUUCACUUGGAAUAUUAGAAGUAAGCCCGGUGCACUGGAUCAUGUGGAACAUUGUUAAUCUGCUCUGAUUCUGAUUCAGUGGAAACUAUUUCUGAAUUCUGGAAUAAGACUGCAAUACUAUUUAGUUAGUAAUGAUUUCUGUAUUAGGAAUCAGAACACAAUGGUAGCCAGUAAUAUGGGAUUCUUAGGAAGUGUUACUGGAACUUGAGAUACAUGUGUGUUGUUUUGGAUUUGAAGUCUGGAUGCUCUCUUUUGUUUUUGUUUUGUGUAGGGGUGUGAAAUUUAUUAAAUU